AUGGCUAGCAUCGAGUCGAAGAGUGUGGCACUCAACCACGACCGGGUGCCAAAGCCCGUCGCCGACAACUUCAUGUACGACUUCAAGUAUAACCACCCUUUGCCCACUACCGAUAUCUUAGGUGUCGAUAUCCCCGCCGAUUGCGAUGCUCAAAAGGAGGCCGAGGGCAUUGUAGCCCAUCUCUCUAAGGCCAUGUCUGAAGGAGAUGCGCAAGCUUUCGCUGGGCUGUUCCUCGAUCAUGGCGUGUGGCGUGACAAGCUCUCAUUCACCUGGGACUUCCGCACAUUUAACUUCAGAGACGCCAUAUUAAAAGCCGCUACCGACCUUUUCCCUCAAACCAAGGCUAGAUGUUUCAAAUUUCUCGAGCCUGUGCCUUCGGUCUCUCGACCUUACGCAGACUACUCUUAUUUACAAUUUGUUGUGUCUUUUGAGACGGAGAUUGUUAUUGCUUCGGCUGUUAUCAAUGCGGUCCUCACUCAAGAUGGCUGGAGAAUUUACAUUAUGAAUACUGUUGCCGAGAGCCUUAAGCAGUUCCCCGAACAGCCCGCACCAGAUGGACACAUGACCGGUAUCACUAGCUGGGCUAGCCAGAGAUCCGAGGCCAUCAACAAUGUUGACCCGGAGGUUCUGAUCAUUGGGGGUGGUCAAAAUGGUCUCGCCAUGGCAGCGCGGUGCAAGGUUCUUGGCAUGGAAAACCUGAUCAUCGAGCGCAGCGACGAAGUCGGAGAUAUCUGGAAGAAGCGUUACGAAUAUCUUUCAUUGCAUUUCCCCCACUGGCCCGAUGCCUUGCCAUACUUCAAAUACCCUCAACAUUGGCCCACGUAUACUCCGGCUCAAAAGCAGGCUCUAUACAUGCAGUGGUAUGCCUCUGCUCUGGAGCUCAACGUCUGGACCAAGUCUUCGGUUGAGAAGGCGGAGCAAGAUGCCGAGGGUAAAUGGACCAUUAUCAUCAACAAGGAGGGCAAGGAGACCCGGACACUACACCCCAAGCAGGUCAUUAUGGCUACGUCGCUAUGCGGUGUCCCUUACACCCCAACCGUACCUGGCAUGGAUGAUUUCCGGGGCGUGAUCCGCCACUCCAGCGCACAUGACAGUGCCCGUGAGUUUGUCGGAAAGAAGGUCUGUGUCGUCGGUACCUCAUCCUCGGGAUUUGACACUGCUUUCGAGUGCGCCCGCCUGGGCAUUGACGUAACCCUCCUCCAGCGGUCACCGACCUACAUCAUGUCUUUGACACAUUCGGUUCCCCGCAUGCUUGGAGGUUACGCGCCCGACGAGCAUGGUAACCUCCCUGAUCUCGAAGUACAGGAUCGUCUCUUCUUCUCUACGCCAGUUGGACCCGGUGAAGAACUCAGCAGGCGGACUGCCAAGGACCUUGAGGAUCUCGACAAGCCCCUACUCGAAGCACUUAACGCUCGGGGUCUGCGAACAUGGCGCGGCCAGCGCGAUACAGGCAACUCUACAUUGGGUCAGACCCGGAACGGUGGAUUCUACUUCGAUGCUGGUGCUUGCGAGGAAAUUAUCAAUGGUAACAUCAAGGUUGAGCCAGGCUUUAUUGAAAAAUUCACCUCGGACAAGGUGAUUUUAAACGGCGGCCGUGAGAAGGACUUUGACCUGGUUGUUUUUGCUACCGGCUUUUCCAAUACGAUUGAUUCCAUUCGAGCCACCCUUGGUGAGAAGAUUGCCAGCCAAUGUGGACCUAUUUGGGGUAUCGAUGAGGAGGGCGAGUACAAGACAGCCUACCGCGAGACAGGAGUGCCCAACCUGUGGAUAAUGGUUGGUUUUCUUCCCAUGACGCGGUACGCCUCCAAGUUGCUGGCUUUACGACUGAAAGCUCUUCAAGAGGGCAUUUCUCCACCUCCGUACAAAGUUUAG